AUGGCAUCAACACCACACGCAACCUCUGCAGAGGCUCCGUCUUCCGAAAAUGUAUUUUCACUGGACGAGCAGGUUUUUGCCAAGAUCCAAGGAGGAGACUUCAUCGUUGACUGGCUUGGUCCAGAAGACAAGGGCCAUCCCCAGAACCUUCCCACUCCACGAAAAUGGCUCAUUACACUAGUAUUGGCCCUCUACGUGCUAUCCACGACAUUCUCAUCAUCAGUCUUUAGCCCGGCUGCUGGCGUGACGGCUGCAGAGUACAAUACCACCGUACAAACCAUGGUCUUUGGCGGCACGUCGCUGUUUAUGCUUGGUUUUGCAGUUGGCCCUAUCAUCUUCGGGCCCUUGUCUGAGCGUUAUGGUAGGAAGCGGCCACUGUUGACUGGCUAUGUAACGUUUGCUAUUCUUCAGCUACCGGCAACGAAUGCUCAAAGCCUCUUCACCAUCUUUGUCUUCCGCUUUUUACAAGGCGUUUUUGGCGCCGCGUCUUCCGCCAUCCUGAGCGGCACCUUGACCGACAUUUGGACCCCAAAGCAGAGAGGAUUUGCCAUGCCUUGCACGGGGAUGUUCCUAAUGAUUGGGCCUGUGCUUGAUCCGAUGAUAGGCUCCAUUAUUGUCAAGAGCACGUUGGGCUGGCGCUGGAUCUUCAAUAUCACUGCCAUAUUCACUCUCGGUGUGGCUGCGGUCACCUACCUGGUUUUGACAGAGACAUACUCCCCGAUUCUGUUGGAAAGGCGAGCGAAGCGCAUGCGCCACAUGACGCGUAACUGGGCACUGCGAGCCAAGUCGGAAGAGCAAGAGAGCAGUCCCAAUGACAUUGUGGAGAGAUUUCCCUCCCGUCCUGCCAAAAUGCUCUUUCUAGAGCCCAUCCUUUUGUUGAUGUCCACUUACAUCUCUGUGGUCUUCGGGCUGAUGUACGUCUUUUUCCUCGCUUACCCAAUGUCUUUUGAGCGGGAGCGCCAUUGGGAUGCCACUUCGGCUAGCCUCCCGCUGCUGUCCAUCUUACUUGGGACGAUCCUUGGCAGCGCCCUCAUCGUCACAACGGUCAACACCAAGCUCUCCCCCGACCCCAAGGCUGGACGUCCUCAAGAGAACAGAUUGCUGCUCAUGAUGAUCGGAACAUUUCUUCUGCCGGGAGGCAUGUUCUGGUUUUCGGCGACUAGCUCUCCAUCCACAGGGCCAUGGCCACAGACCAUUGCCGGAGUGCGUAUUGGCGUCGAUAUUAUCUUGAUCAACAUGCAGGGGAUGAACUACAUUGUCGACUGCUACGGAGUCAACUCAAACUCGGCGAUCGCGGCGAACACGUUUAUGCGAUCUCUGUUCGCAUCCGGCUUUCCGGGUUUCGCAACAUCCAUGUACACUGCUAUUGGCGUCGCUCGUGCUACUUCACUACUGGCACUGUUUGGUGUAGUUCUGGCCCCUAUCCCUUUCCUUUUCUACCAUUACGGGGACAAAAUUCGCGCUCGCAGCAAGUGGUCCCCUUUGUACGGACGGUAA